AUGCAGGACUGCUGCAUUGGCCUCCGCCCCACGCUCUGUACAAGCCCAUCGCACGAUAACCCGUGGAUCACGAUGAUGCACGAGCGGCUCUGGCAGAGCGGAUCCUCGCCGGACAACCAUCUUGGAACGCAGGCAGAUGGCGUGGAACCUCUUGUAAGAAGACACUGUGAGCCUCCUCGACUUUAUCGAGCAGAGUACUGCGGCCAGUGCGACACGUACAACACCACGAACUUGUCGGCCGCGAAGGGACGUAUGACUUCCAAGCACAAAGGCAAGGCCGUGGCGGAGCACGGCGGCGGCGGCGGCACUACGAAGAAGACAUUGACCAUUGCCUGGGCCGAAGAUGAGAUGACCGUGAUUGUGGCAGUAUUAAGUGGCAGUACGGGUAUCAGCUCGUGCGCUUCGACAGGUUAG